AUCGGAUCAGAGCUGGCUUUCUUUAUCCCGGGUUAAUCAGGAUCAUGCCGUAGCGCGCGGUGCGGCGGAGCUCUUGCUCAGGCUCGCUCAGUGAUUGCAGUAUUAGCGGGUUUGUCCUUGGUGGGGAGCCGGGAGCGCAGUAUGUGAAGGCCAUGCGGGCGGCGCGGUGCCUCCUCCUGUGGGCUGCGGUCUCCGUUACAGGCUGGAGCGCCGCAUCGCAGCAAUGGCGAGAGAGAGCAGUGGGAGGGGUAGAAUCAGGUUUUAGGAAAUUUUUAGAAACUAACGCCCCUGAUGAGGAACAGAUCACAUACCCACAGAGGCUCCAGCGGCGCACGGAUACGGAGGAUGAAGAGCUGGCACACGGGCACCUGGGUACCACAGUGAAGAGCGCCGACCCCAACACGCCUCACCCGGUUCAUCUUGCUCAGCUGUCGUUCUUGGUGGAAGCAUUUGAGAGAAAAUUCAUCCUGGACCUGGAGCUCAAUCAUAACCUGUUGUCUUCAGACUAUGUGGAACGACACUUUGAUGAGGAUGGAGCAACAUCUCAGAAUCAGCAGGGAGGAGAACAUUGUUACUAUCACGGCACAGUGAGAGGAGUAACGGGAUCGUGGGUCGCUCUCUCCACCUGUCAUGGCCUCUGGGGAAUGUUCUCAGAUGGAAACUUUUCUUACGAGAUCAAACCGGCGCCUCACUCCGACGAGCAGGAACAAAACGCUCAUCUGGUCUCCCGGAUGCCCAACCUUCAGCUCAGCCCUCCACCCUGCCCAGAAUGCAAUGCCACCUACGACGCUGGCGUGGAUCGAGACGUCACAGAAGGCGACCUGUCCUCGUUCACCCAUGGACUGAGACGAACCAAACGACAGAUUCGGAAGCCGCAGCGCACCGUCCAAACUGAGACCAAAUACAUCGAGCUGCUGGUGGUGAACGACUACGACCUGUUCGUGCAGAUGCGCAGAUCGACCGCACAGACGCGCAACUUUGCAAAGGCCGUCGUUAACAUGGCCGACGCGAUUUAUAAAGAACAGCUCAACACCAGGCUGGUGCUCAUCGCCAUGGAGACCUGGUCCUCCCAGAACAUGGUUUCGGUGGGCGACGAUCCCGUGAUGACUCUGCGUGACUUUAUGAAGUAUAGACGGGAAAACAUCAGAGAGAGGAGCGACGCCGCGCACCUGUUCUCGGGCCGAACGUUUCACAGUUCCCGCAGUGGCACCGCCUACAUCGGGGGGAUCUGCUCUACCACACGUGGAGGUGGAGUCAACGAGUAUGGGAACGUGGGUCCGAUGGCAAUCACCCUGUGUCAGAGUUUGGGGCAGAACCUUGGCAUGAUGUGGAACAAAGAUCGAGCCACUGCAGGAGACUGUAAGUGUCCGGACCUGUGGCUCGGCUGUAUCAUGGAGGACACGGGGUACUACCUGCCUAAGAAGUUCUCGCGGUGCAGCGUGGAGGAGUACAUGCGCUUCCUACAGGACGGAGGAGGAAGCUGUCUCUUCAACAAACCCACCAAGCUGCUCGAUCCUCCCGAAUGUGGGAACGGGUUUGUUGAACAGGGAGAAGAGUGCGACUGCGGCUCCCAAGUGGAGUGUUCUCGUGCCGGAGGAGCCUGCUGUAAGAAGUGCACGCUUACCCACGAUGCAAUGUGCAGUAACGGACUGUGCUGUAACCGAUGCAGGUAUGAACAGAGAGGCGUCGUGUGUCGAGAGGCCGUAAACGACUGUGAUAUUUCAGAAACGUGUCCUGGUGAUUCAAGCCAGUGCCCCCUGAACGUACACAAACUGGACGGUUACAUGUGUGAUGCAGGACAGGGUCGUUGUUAUGGUGGCCGGUGUAAGACCAGAGACGCUCAGUGCCAGGCGCUGUGGGGACACAACUCAGCAGACCGAAUGUGCUACGAGAGGCUGAACACUGAAGGGACGGAGAAGGGGAACUGUGGACGGGAUCCCACUGGACAGAGCUGGAUCCAGUGUAACAAACAGGACGUGCUGUGUGGAUUUCUCUUGUGCUCUAACAUGACGGCGAAGCCACGCCUGGGUGAUCUGGAAGGCGAGGUCACCAGUCUCACUAUCUUUCAUCAGAACAAGUACAUGGACUGCCGUGGAGGACAUGCUGUGCUGGAGGACGGAUCAGAUCUGGGUUACGUAGAGGACGGGACUCCGUGUGGGCCGAACAUGAUGUGUUUGGAGAGGCGCUGUGUACCCGUGAUGACCUUUAAUCUCUCUGUGUGUCCUGGUUCCUCUGCGUCACGGAUCUGCUCUGAUCACGGGACGUGCAGUAAUGAGGUGAAGUGUAUCUGUGACGUGGACUACACAGGGAAGGACUGCAGCGUGUUCGACCCGCUCCCUGAUCCACAGCUUUCAGAGGGACCAGACAAAUACAAAGGUCCAAGUGGCACAAACAUCAUCAUUGGCUCUUUAGCAGGAGCCAUUCUGCUGGCAGCUAUAGUGCUAGGUGGAACUGGAUGGGGCUUCAAAAAUAUCCGGAGAGGAAGCAACUUUACAGAAUCCAGGACCAACAGACCAAAAACCCCUAUUGAGCAAGACGAGGGUGACAGGAAAAAUACAGGAAGAAACCUUGAGAGGAACCAGACUCAGCAGGAACCCCCAUCCUAUUUGGGUGGCCUGAAGGACAACUUAAAUGAAUUAGACUUACCCAAACCAUACAUACACAAAAUUAAAUUAGACUUAGACUUAGAGUUCAGAAAUCACGCGCAGACAGAAGCCAACACGCAGCGCCAGCAAAUCUGACAAACAUGAGAGCACCAGACUGCCCAGACCCCAGAUCUCUAGGACCGGAGCCACACACCCCUAGGUUGGAAAGACUAAUCAUACGCCUGAGUAAAUAAAUAUGUUUCAAUCUAGACUUUAACAUUGAGACGUGUCUGAGUCCCGAACAGAGGCAGGGGGAUUUCACCUGCUGUGAUCUUUUUAAUAAUCAUACCUUUGAUUAAAAUAAUAAAUAAACAACACAACACAGUAUUUAGCAAAUGUUUUGAUAUUUGGGACACAGCAGCUUUACUGAUGGAACACUACUACUGGUGUUACCUGACAGAGCGCUGCUCAUCUGUACCGCACUACAAAACACAAUAACAGAAAAUAACCAAAGAACCAGAGGUGAACGGGACACUUUAAGUACGUAUAAACUGUUACUGAGGUACAUGAAUUAAUUCUUCUGUACUGUUUGUUCACCAUUCAGUCAGUCAGUAAACAGACUUUAUGAGAGUAAAAAGUAUUUCUUCAUAUCAUUGCUGUGUGUUUCAUUUAUGUUAGCCGCCUGUUGUUUGUUUUGCUUGUUUUUUGUUUGUUAUUUUUGUAAGUUUGAAACUCUUUUUAUUUUAAAAUGUUUUUGACUUUGUAGAGAAUAAAAAAUAAUCCUCAUAUCA